AUGAGUAGGACUUCCGAAGACGAAGGCGUCGACCCUCGAGACAAGAAGAAGAAGGAAAAGACCAGAAGACCCGGGAAUACCGCCUUCAAGCAACAGCGUUUAAAAGCAUGGCAACCUAUCUUGACUCCUAAGACCGUCCUGCCUCUCUUCUUCGCAGUUGGUAUAAUAUUUGCGCCAAUUGGUGGCUUGCUGCUAUGGGCUUCUGAACAGGUUCAAGAAUUGGUUAUCGACUAUACUGAGUGCGCAUCUGGUAUCGGCUCCAACAGAGAUUUUGUUCGCAUCCCAGCUGAGAAGAUACAACGAAACUUCUACAAGCCGACAGUUGAAACAAAGCAAGAUCCGCAAUGGAAGUUUGUGAGCAAUGUUACUAGGAUCGGCAAUCGUCAAGUCAAUAACACUGUUUGCACGCUGAAAUUUCAACUGGAGGCCGACAUGACUGCACCAGUGUUACUCUAUUACCGACUCACAAACUUCUACCAGAACCAUCGUCGAUACGUCAAGUCUGUCAACGAGGAGCAACUGCGAGGCAACGCCGUAGGAGCUGGAACUUUGGAUACUAGUGAAUCUUGUGCGCCCUUGGCCGUCGAUUCAGCUGGGAAGAUCAUCUAUCCUUGCGGUCUUAUGGCAAACUCAGUCUUUAACGACACUUUUGGAUCUCCAGUACUUGUCCAGAAGCGUGGAGGAACCGGUUCAGAGGAAGAAAUCUACGAAAUGACAAAUAAGGGUAUCGCGUGGCCUAGCGAUCGCGACCGUUAUGGUGUAUCCAAGUAUAACAUCAGCCAAAUCGUCCCACCACCCAAUUGGAUUAACAAGUUCCCGAAUGGAUACAAUUCAACCAACUUGCCGGACCUUCGUGAUUGGGAAGAAUUGCAAGUCUGGAUGCGUACGGCUGGUCUCCCGACUUUCAGUAAAUUGGCACGACGUAACGAUACCAAAACCAUGCAGAGCGGUGUUUAUACCCUUGAUAUCAAAAUGAAUUUCCCUGUUACUUUGUAUGGAGGCACUAAGUCCAUUGUUUUGUCCACCAGGACCGUUAUGGGAGGAAAGAACCCAUUCUUGGGUAUUGCAUACAUUGUUGUCGGUGGUCUAUGCGUGCUCCUCGGUGUCAUUUUCACCGCUCGCCACCUAUUCAAGCCUAGAAAACUUGGUGAUCACACAUACCUCAGCUGGGAAAACGGGCCAGCUGUCGGUACUGCUACAGGACGUGAUUUAGCUUAG